ACUUGCAACUAUAAAUAUAUAACAACACACUCAUACAAAAUAUCCCACCACAUAAUAAUUACACAAUGGCUACAAUUCUCUUCUCACUCUACACCAUCUUCUUCUACUUCUUCUUCUUCUUCACACUAACCCAAGGGUUACACAACCCUAACCCUAACCCUAAUCGGGACGAAGGCUCGAACCUCCAGCUCAUCCAUGCCAACAGCCCCAUCUCCCCCUUCCGCCGUAACACGCCGCCGCUAUCGUGGGAGGACUCCGUCCUCCAAAUGCAGUCCGCCGACCAGGCCCGCCUCCAGUUCCUGUCCAGCCUCGUCGUCGGCGCCGCCGCACGGACAAUAGUGCCGAUUGCCUCCGGCAGGGCGGUGACGCAGAACCCGACGUACAUUGUCAGGGCCAAGAUCGGCACGCCCGCGCAGACGCUGCUCAUGGCCGUCGACACCAGCAACGACGCCGCGUGGGUCCCGUGCGCCGGCUGCGUCGGCUGCUCCUCCGCCGCCGCCUUCGACCCCUCCAAGUCCGCCACCUUCAAGCCCGUCGCCUGCGGCGCGUCGCAGUGCAGCCAGGUACCGAAUCCAAGCUGCGGAGGCACCACAUGUGGCUUCAACUUAACAUACGGCGGCUCAGCCAUCUCCGCCACCCUGGUCCAGGACAACAUCACCUUAGCCACUGACUCGAUCGCCACGUACACCUUCGGCUGCAUCCAAAAAGCGACCGGUUCAUCGCUUCCGGCACAAGGGUUAUUGGGCUUGGGCCGAGGCCCAUCUUCUCUAAUGUCACAAACAUCAAGCCUCUACCAAUCCAUAUUCUCUUAUUGCUUGCCGGGCUAUAAAUCGCUCAACUUUACCGGGUCGUUGAGAUUGGGACCCGUUUCCCAGCCCAAGAAGAUCCGAACCACCCAAUUGUUGAAAAACCCGAGACGAUCGUCUUUCUACUAUGUGAAUCUUGUGGGUAUUCGGGUCGGCCGAAGAGUUGUCACUAUCCCUCCCAGCGCUUUUGCUUUUGAUCCCGCUUCUGGAGCUGGAACCGUCUUUGAUUCAGGUACAUUUAAGCCUUUAUAAAUUAAUACAGUCGGG